AUGUUGAUUGACAAUCUUGUUACAAAUUCUGGACAAAAUUAUGUUAGAGGUGGGACAGAGAAAGGAAAAACCUUGGACAUUACCAAGCCUGAAAAUAACCCAAAGAAACCAGUGAUUAACUGGGCCUCUCUUCGAGAAAACAGAGCCAAAUAUGAAUCUAUGAAGUGGGCAGGCUUGCCUCCAAUUGAGAAAAACUUCUACAAAGAAUCUUCCAGGACUGCAUCUAUGUCACAAGAAGAAGUGGACCUGUGGCGGAAGGAAAAUAAUGAUAUAACUUGUGAUGACUUGAAAGAAGGUGAAAAGCGCUGCAUUCCCAAUCCUGUUUGUAAAUUUGAAGAUGUGUUUGAGUAUUAUCCUGAUAUUAUGGCUAAUAUAAGAAGGGUUGGUUUUCAAAAGCCUACACCAAUUCAGUCCCAGGCGUGGCCGAUCAUACUUCAAGGAAUUGAUCUUAUUGCUAUAGCACAGACUGGCACUGGGAAGACAUUAGCAUACUUAAUGCCUGGAUUCAUUCACUUGACUUCACAACCAAUACCCAAAGAUCAGCGUGGGGGGCCUGGAAUGUUAGUCCUUGCUCCCACUAGAGAACUGGCACUUCAAGUAGAGGCAGAGUGUUCAAAGUAUGCAUACAAAGGAAUUAAAAGUAUUUGCGUCUAUGGUGGUGGGGACCGAAAAGGACAGAUAGACACGGUUACCAAAGGUGUGGAUAUUGUUAUUGCUACUCCUGGAAGACUGAAUGAUCUUCAAAUGAACAACUUCAUAAAUUUGAAGAGCAUAACGUAUUUGGUUUUAGAUGAGGCUGACAGAAUGCUGGAUAUGGGAUUUGAACCUCAAAUAAUGAAGAUCCUAAUAGAUGUGCGACCUGACAGACAAACUGUUAUGACGAGUGCUACUUGGCCUGACGGUGUCCGUCGCUUAGCAAAAUCGUAUUUGAGGGAUCCCAUGAUUGUGUAUGUUGGCACUCUUGACUUAGCAGCAGUAAACACAGUACAACAAAAAGUUUUUGUUAUCCCCGAGGAGGAAAAGAGAGCUUUCAUGCAUAGUUUCAUUAAGUCUAUGAAGCCAAAAGAUAAGGUCAUCAUUUUUGUGGGAAAAAAGCUUACAGCUGAUGACUUAGCAAGUGACUUUGGCAUCCAGGGAAUUCCAGUACAGUCACUUCAUGGCAACAGGGAGCAAUGUGAUCGAGAACAGGCUUUGGAUGACUUCAAGAAAGGCAAAGUUCGAAUAUUGGUAGCUACUGACUUGGCAUCCCGUGGCCUUGAUGUGCACGAUAUUACUCACGUUUUUAACUUCGAUUUCCCUCGCAACAUUGAAGAAUAUGUGCACAGAGUAGGUCGUACUGGAAGAGCAGGGCGCACUGGGGAGGCAGUGACACUUGUCACAAGCAAUGAUUGGAGGUUUGCGUCCGAGCUGAUUGACAUUCUGGAAAGAGCAAACCAAGUAGUUCCUGAUGAACUUAUUGCAAUGGCAGAAAGAUACAAGCAAUCACAAAUGAGAAAAGAUGGUGAAAAGGAUAUACAAAGACCUUGGAGAAAGCCCUCAAAAUGA